UUCAAGGCAACUUCACUGCUCUCUCCCUCAUGGCUCCAUCCUUUUCAGCUCCUUCUUUGAUAAUGGAGGAAGAGAGGCGGUUCGAGGCGGAAGUGGCGGAGGUGGAGGCGUGGUGGAGCACCGAGCGGUUCAAGCUCACCCGCCGCCCCUACUCCGCCCGCGACGUCGUCUCCCUCCGCGGCACCCUCCGGCAGAGCUACGCCUCCGGCGCGCUCGCCGAGAAGUUAUGGCGCACCCUGAAGUCGCACCAGGCCCGCGGCAGCGCCUCCUGCACCUUCGGCGCCCUUGACCCGGUGCAGGUCACCAUGAUGGCCAAGUACCUCGAUUCAAUCUACGUCUCCGGCUGGCAGUGCUCCUCCACCCACACCUCCACCAACGAGCCUGGCCCCGACCUCGCCGACUACCCCUACGACACCGUGCCCAACAAGGUCGCCCACCUCUUCCUCGCCCAGCAGUUCCACGACCGCAAGCAGCGCGAGGCACGCAUGAGCUUGCCCCGCGCCGCCCGGGCCAGCACGCCCUACGUCGACUACCUGCGGCCGAUCAUCGCAGACGGCGACACCGGAUUCGGCGGCGUCACGACCACCGUCAAGCUCUGCAAGCUCUUCGUGGAGCGCGGCGCCGCCGGCGUGCACAUCGAGGACCAGUCGUCCGUCACCAAGAAGUGCGGCCACAUGGCCGGGAAGGUCCUCGUCUCCGUCUCCGAGCACAUCGACCGUCUCGUCGCCGCGCGGCUUCAGUUCGACGUCAUGGGCGUGGCGACGGUCCUGAUCGCGAGGACCGACGCCGUCGCCGCCAACUUGAUCCAAACCAACGUUGACUCUCGAGACCACCCGUUCAUCCUCGGCUGCACCAAUCCCAACCUGCAGGGCCGGAGCUUGGCCGGCGUUUUGGCGGAGGCAACGGCGGCCGGCAAGAGCGGCCCGGAGCUAGAAGCCAUCGAGAACGAGUGGAUCUCGGCGGCGAAAUUGAGGACUUUUUCGGAGUGCGUCGUGGAAGGCAUCCGGAGCCUGAGCAUCGGCGAAGGAGAGAAGCAGCGGAGGCUCGGCGAAUGGGCGAAGAAGCACGACGACUCCAAUAUCGAGAGGAGGAGAAAAAUGGCGGAGACCCAACUGGGACUCGAGGGCUUGUUCUGGGACUGGGACCUGCCUAGGACCAGAGAGGGCUUCUACCGUUUCCAAGGCUCGGUGGAGGCAGCGGUCGUCCGGGGGCGCGCCUUCUCGCCGCACGCCGACCUGAUAUGGGUGGAGACGUCGCGGCCUGACGUGGCGGAGUGCGCGGCGUUGGCGGAGGGGGUGAAGGCGGCGCACCCGGAGAUGAUGCUGGCCUACAACCUCUCGCCCUCCUUCAACUGGGACGCCUCCGGGAUGACAGACGAGGCCGUGGGAGAGUUCAUCCCGACCAUCGCGCGCCUCGGCUUCUGCUGGCAGUUCAUAACGCUCGCCGGGUUCCACGCCGACGCGCUGGUGGCGGACACCUUCGCGAAGGAUUUCGCCAGGAGGGGGAUGCUGGCGUAUCUGGAGAGGAUCCAGAGGGAGGAGAGGAAGAAGAAGGUGGAGACGUUGGAGCACCAGAAGUGGUCGGGGGCCAAUUAUUACGACAGGGUGCUGAAGACGGUUCAAGGAGGGAUCAGCUCUACGGCGGCCAUGGCCAAAGGUGUCACAGAGGAGCAGUUCCAGGAGCAAGCAGUGCCAAUGUCCAAAAUGUGAACAAAUGCAUGGAUAAUCGAAUCAUGUCCUAAUAACUAAACACGUUUGAAUUAAGAACCUUAAUAAUGAUUACCAUUCUCCUAAUUAUGCUUCUACGCUAAACCUGUUAUAUUAUAUAUUGAACUGAUGGAGCAAUUUAUUUAAGUUUAAAACAAAAAAUUCUUCCUUUGUUGUGAAAACAGAGGGUUCGUCUCCACAGAACUGUGUUUGUAUUGAUUUUCAUUAUGCUCAAAUUUGUAAGAGAUUAACUGUGAUCCGCAUACAUU